CAUGUGACAAAUUCUUCCAAAGAAGGCUGAGUAUUUACUUCGUCGCAUCUCCGCUCCCUUUAUUGUGGCAAUAUCUUGCCAUCCUUUGUGUGCACGCCAUCUCAAGUAAGAGUCAACGCAAAUCAAAUUACGCGGGGCCUAUUUUGAUGCAGAUUUGAUAUAUAAUUCGUGUGCGGAAAUGCGAGGACAACACCAUAAAGUCACAAUUCGCGGGUGUGAGAUUGAGAAGAAACCGUUGACGGAUUUGAUCAUUAUUUGAGAGAAGAUGACUUACUGAAAGCUUAAAAGGCGGCCUAAACACUCAUCUUUCUUGAUCAGUCCCCCACUCGCUCUUCCAGCCUGCCUUCCAAAUCUUGUCCCAUUUGACCUUUUCAAACUCUCGUCGCCAAGCAACCAUGAAAUUCUUUACCUUUCUCUUAUUGCUCAUCGUCUCCAUCUCUUUGGUAUGCGCAAAUCCAUCCACAUUUGAUUCAAUCAAAAGCAAGUUCACUGAAGCUGAUACCGACGCUCAUCGUCUUGCCUUACUUGCAGAAGCAUCUCCUGUAACCGCAGAUGCAGCAGCUCAAAUCGUUUCAGCUCUCUUGGCCACACACAAAGAUUUGAUCGAUGCAACAACGGAAGUUUACACAUUCAAAGGUACCCUUACUUCUGAUCAAAGUGGUGCAAUCAUUAGCAUCUUGGUUUCCCUUCAAGCUUGCUUUAACGGUAGCAUUCCGAAAUUGGUCAACAACAAAGCUGCCAUUACCGCUACUGGUCAUGCUGGAGAUGUUGCAGAACGUUUAGCCGCUUUGGAUGGCAGUGCUGGCGCCCUCGUUGCUGGUCUUCAAACAAUUGUCCCAGCAAGUGACAAACAAAAGGUGAUCGACGUUGGUGGUAAGAUUGGCACAGAAGCAUUCAACGGUUGCACUGCAUUCGAUGGUAAAGCCUGCUAGAGGUUCGGGCAAGGAUGGCGUAAAGAUCAAAUUGAUCUCCGAACCUUGAAAAUCUCUUAUAACUUGUAUCU